GAUGUGCUUAGUAGUAGUACUCUUUUAUUCAAAAACUAGUGAUUCUUCCUAAAUAACUAAACGUAAAUCGUUCGUUUAAAUAACCUGUAACAAUAUUCAUAUGAAAAUUAUGUUCACUAUGUACCUACGGGAUCCUUUUACCUCGAUACGGCUGUAACUUCUUCCUUGCUUUAUUAAGCGGUGCCAAACAAAUAGGACACCAUGGCACCACUUAUGAUAGAGGGAGUAACGUUAGGACAAAAACAUCGGAAUUACAACAAAAUAUUGAAUGAAGAAAUAGGAAAGAAUCCAACUAAAUUGAUUGCCGCAAUAAACUCCGAAGAACCAGAUCUGGAUAACCUAUUCAAAAUAGAUUCAGCGUGCAAAAUUAGAAAUGUUGAAUAUAUUCUUGAAAUUCUCAAAAGUGAUGAUAUGUUAUAUAUAUCUCGAGUUAUAAAGAAAUCGACUUGGUUAAUAACAGAUCAGCAAUACGCUUAUAUUAUUAAUCCUGCUUACUUGUACAACGAUCUUUAUCCACAGAUGACUUCAAAAGCUUUUAAUAAACUCGUCCUGCACAUAAGGCUAAACUUAGAUGAUGAAAAACGUGUUGAAGAGUUUUUCAACUUUUACAAACAAAAUGAUUUGGACAAAGCCAUGCAUUGGCUGCCACGUUGCUCUAUUGGUUUUAUCGAGGGAAUCAUUCGAAAUCACGCUAAUGAUAUACCAAAGAACUUAUUGAAACGAUUAUAUGAAAAAUCGUUUACUUUUCUGGAUAUACUAGUACAGAAUUAUAACGGCUCAUAUUAUGUGUACCAAUUAAUAGAACCUGGAAUGUUUCUUUUAAAAAGAAACCUCGAAAAGUUACUUGAUAUAUUUGAGACACUCAAAGACGGCGAUACACCAAAAUUUGGACGGAAAUAUACCAAACUCGUCAUGGAGAAAUGUCCUGAAAGAAUAAAAAAGAAUCUUGAAAAAUACGUUGAUGUCCUUGAUUUAACAGUGUUUGCGCAAUAUUUAAAAAGAGAAGAAGUUAAGAACUUUAUAUUAACACACAUUAAAAAUAACAAAACUCGUUCAUGGUUCACCUACAAAAACAUUAAAUACUUUGUCAACCGGUUGCCAUUUGAGGAGAGAUUUGAUUUUGUUAAAAAGCUUUUCAUAGAGAAAUCCUAUAAAGAUGAACCCCUUGAAAAUGAGACUUGGGAUGAUAUUAUAGAGUAUUGUAAUCUCAAAGGAAAAUUAGCGUCGUCCAAAAAUAUAUACAGCUGGUACGUAUAUGCACCAUUUAGUAAGGCUUUUGAAGAUUUGAAAUUGUUGAUUCGUAAUGAAUCAAAUCCCACUGAAAGAAUUUGGAUUUUGCGAUCACUACUGACUUGUGCCCUUGGCAAUCAAAACAAUAUACUUACAUUAUUAAAAUAUUACCAUGAAAAUCACAUCGACGAACCUUUCAAUUUCAAGGUUCAGUUUGUAAAUCAUUUGAUUACCAAGACUGAUACACAUAAGUAUGACGAAGAGGCUUGGGGAUAUUUAAAUGAUAUUUUCAACAGCUUGGAAGUUUACACCAGAUCCAAAGAUAGAGUGCAAUCGUGUUUGAAAUCCAUACUUUUAUAUAAGGUGAUUCAUGAUGUCCAGAUUCCCGACGAUAUAGAAAGUAAAUUUGAUUUCAAACAUUACAUAUCAUAUGAAUAUGAUAAUUGCAAAAAUAAGCUCAACAUGGAGGAAAGGGACAAAAUAUUUAAUUACUUUUAUAGUUAUCACAUUUCAAAGAUCAAAAUUAAUAUUACUAGUGAAAAAGAGUUUGAUGAGACUGUGGACGUUAUAUUAUCAGUUUUAAGAGUUCUUGAUAUAUGGAAUAAAGAAAUCAAAGAUUAUCCAUUCGUUCUCCAGAAAAUCAAAGACCUUGUUACUAUAAAAAAAGAAAGAUCCUGGAAGCAGGAUCUUUCAAGUGUAUAUAACUUCAAAAAAUCCUGGAGAAAGAUUUUAUUUACUGAAUCUAUUAUUCUAAGUCCCAACCACGAAAGUUGCAUGAAUGCUCUUAAACAUGGCCCAGAGCUAUUAGAAACUCACAGAAAAGAAAUAAACUCAUGCAUAAAUGAUAAAGUCCUUUACUUUGACAGAUUCCUGAGGAAAAUUCAAAUUUAUUACCAGUACCAAUCUUUAUCAGACUCAUUUAAAGCUACUUUUCUGGAAAACCUCAAUCAAAUGAGCCUUCACAAGUCUUCUAUUAGAGGUCUAUGUAUAUUACUUACCCAAAAAGAGCUGUUGGAAUUUGUUGAAAAAUAUGUUCCGACAGAAACUAAAAUUGAUUGGAGUCAAAGUGAUGACGCGAUGCUCAGCAUACCCAAAAACAUCGCUGCAUGUAUGCACCUAUCUAGACCUCAACUUCCACUUAAUGUGGUUUUAUUGUACGCUCAAGGAGAUUAUUUGAAAUAUGUACUGCCUUCAUUAAAUGCAAUAUGUCAUAACAUAAAUCCAACACAAAUGACUGAGCCAGUAUGUUUACCAACACAUGGCGAUCGGCUUACAUUUGCAAAGCUAAAACAAAAUGAAUUUAUCACUAUGUUUACGAAAAUUUGGAAAACUAAUAAAGAUAGAAGUAGUCGAAAAUACAUCUUUUGCGAGACUUUCAAGCUGCUUUCCAAAGAAUCUGAUGAAACACUUAUUUUGGAAAUGUGGGAGAUGCUACGCAUGUUUAUCGAUCAACUAACUUUCGAGGAAAAUAAAAAGAUAUAUUUUACCCUAAGUCAAGCUGAAAAAGUGCCACUUAACAUAAGGCCGUCUUUUUGGAUGAAAAGCUAUGAAUUCUUUGAAAAAAUGCCAGCUGAAGCCAAUUGUAAAUACCUUAUUGAGGAAUUAUAUGUGAAAAUGGGCGAUAUCUUGGAGUUCUUGGAUGUAGAUUUUAUGGCAAAAUUGUUUCUAAAAAAUAUUGAUGAAAAUUUUCACACACAGAAAUAUGGCCACUCAGGUUAUGUAGCUUUGUAUUUGUUAAGUACAAAAUCGGAAUCGGUUCAAAUAGAGCGCUACGAAAAAUGUUUUAAACCAAUAGUAGAAAGGGCUGUCGCUGUGUGGAAUAAUCAACACGAAACGGUUCACUACGCCAGAAUUAACUUACAGGAUAUAUUUUAUACUAUGUCGAAAAAAUUUUAUUCUUUCGUUCUAAGUCGGGAGAUGUGUUUUCCCAUUGCCAUGUAUACUGCAGCACUGAACCAACUUCAAAGUGCUUUAUCGUUUAAAGAAAAUUAUUUUCUCUUGACACAUAUAAAGUUGUCGUUGGGUUACAUACAAAUUGUAUAUGAGAUGAAAACAAAAUGCACCGAUUUAAAGAAUAACCUGCUUAUAAAAGAAGCAGCACCUGGUUUUGGGGCGCUGUGUUUAGAUUACUUAAAAGAAGAUGUCGAAAAUUAUUUCUCCACUAUUUACAUCAUUUUUGCAAAAGUCUUAGGAGUCAUUUGCGACCAGUAUGCCCCGAACAAUAUAGUUUUUAAAAUGGGAGUCUUAAAAGGAUUUCUUAAAGAUAAAGAUUUUAUUCAAGGUUAUUUAUUAGUUACUGAAUUAAUGCCAAACUCGAAACACUUCAAUGAAAGCAGCGAAACAGCUCUACAACUGGAAAUGUUAAAGGAACUAAGCACUCAUCAUUCGGAAGAAGUUCUAGCGCAUUAUUGGCGUAUAGGAAACGAUUUGUGUUAUUUUUAAUGACCUUAUUUUAUGCGACUCCAGACAUAUUCAUAAUCGACGAAAAAAUGUUUGUAAUAUUAAUUUGGAA